UGUGAGGUCAGGGAGUAAACUUCCCUCCUUUUAAUCAAGUAGUCAGCUAACUAAUUGAGGAAACCUUUUACGAAGAAGAUGGCUAAAAGAAAAAAAGAUGAGGAGUAUCGUACUUUUCAGCAGGAAUGGACAGAUGAAUUCGCCUUUGUGGAGAGAGCAGGUUCUGCAGUGUGUCUAAUAUGCAGUGAUAAAAUUGCAUCGAUGAAACGGUCAAAUAUAAAGCGGCACUUCGACACACGCCAUACUACAUUUGCAUCGAAAUACCCAGCGGGGGACAGCAGGAAGAAAGCAUGUCAAGAGCUACUGUGCAAAGUGCAAGCUAGUCAGCAGCAACUUCGUGUUUGGACCCAACAAGGUGACUGGAAUUCGGCUAGCUUUGCUGGUGCUUUAGCAAUUGUGAGAAACGGAAAGCCAUUCACAGAUGGUGAGUAUGCCAAAACAUUCAUGCUUGAUGUCGCCAGUGAACUUUUUGACGACUUUUCGGAUAAAGACAAGAUAAUGAAACGAAUAAAAGACAUGCCUCUGUCGGCGAGAUUUUGAGCUACAAGUUGCUGACCUGAAGGCCUCAGACAUGUGGGUGAAUAAAUUCAAGUCACUAAAUGAAGAUUUGGAAAGACUUGCACGACAGCAAGCAGAGUUGGCGAGCAAACACAAGUGGGGAGAAAUGAAAAAACUUCAACCCGCAGACCAGCUGAUUGUCAAAACUUGGAAAGCACUUCCCGUCACAUACCACACACUGCAGCGUGUGAGUAUUGCUGUACUAACAAUGUUUGGCUCUACGUAUGCAUGUGAGCAGUCUUUCUCACAUCUAAAGAACAUUAAGACCAACCUACGAUCACGUUUAACGGAUGGAAGUCUCAACUCCUGCAUGAAGCUUAACCUCACCACGUAUCAACCAGACUACAAAGCCAUCAGCAAAACCAUGCAGCACCAGAAGUCGCAUUAAUGAGAAAGUCAGCAUGCUGUCGGCAUUGAUCGCUCCCUUCAAGUACAUAAGCCCUGGGACCAGCAGCACAGAGGACGAGGACAGUUUAAGCACCAGCAGUGCAGAGGUGAAGGAAAACCGUAAUAUUGGUAACUUAGAGGAUCGCUCCAUAGGGCCUGGAGAGUGUCAGUCAACAAGAAGCGGGAGCUCUGGUCUGAAGAGGAAACGGCCACUGGAGGAGGACAACAACGGGCACCUGUGUCAACUCCGACUGAUAUAUAAGAAACUGUCCUGGUCCGAGGCUCCAAAGAAUGCACUGGUACAGCUGAAUGAGCUGCGGCCCGGCCUGCAGUACCGCAUGGUGUCUCAGACAGGCCCUGUCCAUGCGCCCGUCUUCUCCAUUGCUGUGGAAGUCAACGGGCUGACCUUUGAGGGCACAGGCCCCACGAAGAAGAAAGCCAAGAUGAGGGCUGCAGAGUUGGCCCUCAAGUCCUUCAUCCAGUUCCCCAAUGCUCCUCAGGCCCACCUAGCCAUGGGAAACAUUUCAAACCCUUCAGCCGACUUCACCUCAGACCAGGCUGACUUCCCUGACACGCUCUUUAAGGAGUUUGAGUCUUCGUCGUGCUCCGACCGCCUCUCGCUCUGCAACUCAGCGGCCGAAAGUGAGCUACUUUCCAGCGAGCUGCUCAGACAUGGACGGUUGCUUCGCCACACAUUGGACUUGAUGGUGCAGGCCCAGCAGAGGCUCGGUGGAAUUGUGCAAGAGCCCGAGGCCUCCAAGAGCCCCGUGGCACUGCUCAAUGAGAUGCGGCCAGGCUUGCGCUACGCCUGUCUUUCGGAGCGAGCUGAAGGCCGACGACUGCGUAGCUUUGUGAUGGCGGUGCGCGUGGACGGGAGGAUAUUCGAGGGCUGCGGUCGCAGCAAGAAGCUGGCCAAGAAUCAGGCGGCCCAGUGUGCUCUUCAAGCCCUCUUCAACAUCGGAACAGCACCCGAGGGGAGGACAGGUCUCAAAGCCAGCAGGCAGAGUUGUCCUCAUUUACCCCAGGACUUUGCUGAUUCAAUAUUCCACUUGGUGAGGGAGAAGUACCGGUCGCUGGUGGGCGGCUGCAGUCCUGCGCACGCUCGGCACAAAUCCCUGGCAGGCAUCGUAAUGACCCGAGGUCUGGACGUGAGGCACGCCCAGGUGGUGGCGUUAUCUACUGGCACCAAGUGCAUCAACGGAGAGUAUCUGAGUGAUCAGGGACAAGUAGUCAAUGACUGUCACGCUGAAGUCACAGCCCGAAGAGCCCUGCUACGCUUCCUCUACUCUCAACUUGAACUCUUCUUGAGUAAAAGGCCGGAGGACUGGGAGGAGUCGAUAUUUGUGCACCACAAAGAGUGCGGCUACAGGUUGAGAGACAACAUCCAUUUCCACAUGUACAUCAGCACCUCGCCGUGUGGAGACGGCAGGCUCAACUCUCCAUACGAAAUCACCACUGACCUACACAGCAGCAGACACCUCAUGAGGAAGCAUCGGAGUCACCUGCGGACCAAAAUCGAGUCGGGUGAGGGGACGGUGCCGGUGCGAUGCCGGGGGGCCGCGCAGACCUGGGAUGGCGUCCUUCAGGGUGAACAUCUCAUCACCAUGUCCUGCACAGACAAGCUCACCAGAUGGAACAUCCUGGGCCUGCAGGGGGCAUUGCUGAGCCAUUUUGUGGAACCAGUGUACCUGCAUAGCGUGACCGUUGGCAGCCUGCGUCACACAGGCCAUCUGGGCAGAGUUCUGAACCAGCGUCAGGAGCGCCUGGGCCCGCUGCCUGCUACAUACAGACGCAACCAGCUCCUGCUCAGCGGAUUGAGCAGUGCUGAUUAUCAGCAGCCGGGGAAGGCCUCGUGUGUGAGCGUCAACUGGACGCUAGGCGAUGCACAGCUGGAGGUGGUCAACACCACGACGGGACUGAGACGAGACUCAGGGACGCCCUCGCGUCUCUGCAAGCAUGCCCUGUUUACCCGCUGGAACAGACUGUACCGCAAGUUGGGGAUCCACGCAUCCAGCCCGGCGGACCGCCAGCUCAUGUACUGCGAGGCCAAGAUGGCGGCGCGCCCUUACCAGACAGCGAAGCAGCAGUGGUUCAGGUCUCUGCAGGAAAUGGGCCUCGGUACCUGGGUCAAAAAACCCCCCGAGCAGGAGCAGUUCCUGCUGUCGGACUGAGGGAGAGUGUGUGUGUGUGUGAGGGUUGAAUAGAGAGAGUGUGUGUUUAACCUUUUUUUUUAAGAGUAAAAUGAGUCCAUGUUUCACAACUCAGUUCAACCUCUAAACUCAAAGCUGUCACCCCAGUGUGUGUGUGUGUGUGUGUGUGUGUGUGUGUCGUCCCACACAUCCACCCAGGGCGACAAGAGGAAGGUUAACUGGAAAGGCUGAAAAGAAAAGGGAUAUAAAAAGAUGGACUUGGCGUUCUUUAAACACACAAACACAGGUUUAAGCAAACACCCGCCUAAAUGCGACCCCCUCUUCUUCGGCUGUCAGGGAAGGGUGGGGUAACCUUGAGCAGAAUGAAAGGCAGCCACUAUCUUGUCAUCAGCUAUUUCCGGGCCCCAAGGCUCCCGCUGAGGAGUAGAGCCACGGGGGAGAGAGCGAGACAGACAGAGGCAGAGGGAAAAAAGGGAAGAGAGAGAGAGAGAGGUCCUCGUCCAAUUACCGGCCCUGUCAGGGUGACGGGUGAUAGAGGAAGAGGAAGGAAAGAAUGAGUGAGAAAUAGAAGGACAGAGCGUUGCUUCAGAGCUCACCUUCCUCGCUCUUUCUCAUUUCUAUCUUUGUCCUCCUACUCUUAACUCACCCUUUGCUCCCUCCUUUGCCCUCUUUUCUGUCUUCUCCCUGCCUCCUCCUCCGCCUCCUCCUCCUCUCUGCUCACCUCUCCCUGCCACGUUGGAGUCUAACAUGACACGAGGACAGGUUAAUACACCCUCUUCUUCUUCUUCCCCCCCCACCUCCUCUCAUCUUCACCCCACUGGGUAAAGAGAAAGCGAGGUACAUAAACGCAGCCUUUAUGGGUCGCCUGAGUGCAUGGAGCGAUGGAGGAAGGGAGAGUGCUUUAUUUACUCUUUUCCUUUUGUCUUUUGACCUGGUUGACCUCAGUUUUACCACCUGGUGCGGCCCGUUUUCGUCACCUAAUCUCGUCUGCGCCAAUAGCAGCUGCUUUUGGUCGCGAGUCGUCAGCGAAGCCUUGUUGACCCCAUCGCGCUGUCAUGCUGUGGUCACGACAACCCCGUCGCUGUCAGAGCUGAGGUUAACUUGAGGAAUUUUAUUUUUAAACAUCCUGAGGUGAAAAUGUUCACUCCUGAUCACAACCAUGUAAAUUUAUACCUCACACUAUUUUAUAUCUCUGCAUAGUUCAUGAACACAUUAUUUUAUGCAUUUUUUUUAAUGCAGCUAAGUGUUUAUAGUCUUCAUAUUGCUCUGUCAUUGCUGUUUUCUCUUUAGUCAAGGUAGCGGCGCGGCCCAGUCAGCAGUAUAAUCUAAGUAGUGAGAGUGACAUCUAGUGGUCACUGUUGUGUUUUCUCCUGCUCCUGCUGUGAGCCCCUGUCCUGGCAGCGUUACAGUACGUCUAUCAAACCGAAGAGUUGAGCCUUCACUGGAGAUCAGAUGGUUUUACACACAGGCGGAUUUACACAAAAAAAAAAAAAAAACUGCAUCUGCACAAUGAAAAAGCUGUAAGAAGUGAUAGAGUGUAUUUAACAAUGUUUCAUUGAAAUAAAUCAGGUGAGCUGGGAGUUUAGCACUCAAACGCUGGAUGGUUUGUAUGUGGCAUCCCCUUUUUUCUGCACGAACUGAGUGACUAGCUCUCAGGCCCCAGGUUUUCUAAAGCUGGAUUUACUGUAGGCAGACAUUCUGAUCACCCCUGCAACACUGCAUGCAUGUGUUGCUGUAAUUAGACCAUUUUGUAUCUGUUUACUUUGUGAUUAAUCGCGCUGGAGCUGCAUCUAUAGGUGGCUCUUAAUGACUACCACCUCUGUGCACUCCCUGCAUUCGCACGCUUUCAUUCAUGCAGGGGCAGCCAUUGUUGGGAGCAGUGUAAUCGCUUUGUUAGACGUUUGAAGAGAGUUUUAACCUCCUUAUUUUUGUCUAAACACUGGCAUCGGAUGCUUGUAGUGGGAAUACACAGGCAGCCACUCGUGCUUCCUGCAGUCCCGCUGGGGCCCCAGACGUGUGCUCGCAUUUUAGAGAAGGCGAGCGAACCGCGUUCUGCGAUGUAGCAGCUGCUGUCGGUUUGCUCCAACUUCCCUGCUAUUUUCUCAGACUGUGUUAAAUCCAAGACAAAAAGAACAUUGAACUGGGUGUCAGUCUUCAGCCGUAAUAUGUGUUUACACUGUGUCAUGAAGUAUAAAUCCAGCUUUAGUCAUUUUAAUAGAUUCGACUUCAUUUGGGGGAAAAAAUCCCAUAUAAAUGAAUUAAAUUUUAAAAAACUUUGGUGCAGGGCCAAACUAGACUUUAAAAUAAAGUGGACCUAUUAUGCUCAUUAUGCUUAUUAUGUUUAUUCUUACUAGAAUAGCUGCGCAUAGCACACACUUCAUGCUAUCUUUAUCUCAUACUGGGACAGCCCAUUGUUGUCUGAAGCACCAUUCCAGCUGCGCUCCCUUUAUAACCUACUUUAUAACCUUUAACCAGAACCAGCUACACCCAUUCCCUCAAGAGGCUUCACUACUGUAAAUAAGAAUGUGUAAAAUGAAGCUCAAUACACCAUCUUGUGGUUCAAGUGCAGCUCGGCCCUCUUUGGACUUUAUUUGACGUCUCAGCCACAGUGGUAAAUGUUGCAUACGGCCAUGUUUCAUACAAGCAUCGACCAGUACACGAGUAUAUAUAUUAGAGACAAUACAGAACAGCAUAAGAGGUCCUCUGUAACUAAUGCAACGCUGGUAAUCCAAGCAAGGCUAAUGGCAGCUUCAGUAAAAACACUGGUAAUCAGCUCCUAUUGUUUGACUUAACCUGGUGCUAAUAAAGCACCAGAGUCGAAGCUCAGGUUUUGUGUAAAUGCCGUCUGUGUGUAUCGGAGCGCAGAGUUGGGCUCGAGCAGCCGCAUCUUCACACUUGGCAUGCUUUGUCGACACAGUCUGCGUUUGUCAUUGUUUUACACCAUGUUUGAUAGUGGCUUCAUUAGCCAUCACAGAGAUUUUCACACAUUUAUUUUGAGAGAUAUAAUAAAUAUAGGCUAUGUCUGGCAAUAUUCUACAAACAGUGUACAUAUGUAAAAAAAAAAGAAAAGAAAAGAAAAAAAAAAGUAUAAAAGACAAAGGUGACAGAUGUGAAAGAGGUCCUAAAAUGUCUAAUUAUGAUGUAAAUUAAAGUCUAUGAAGAAUUGCUGCUAACGUCUGUAAAUUGCACUUCA